UUCUCUUUAAUUCUUUCUUUCUCUCUCUCGGUCUCAGUGCUGUACCUGUAGCUCAUAUCUUCCAUUCUUCUUUUUUGUGUUGGGCUCUGUUUUUGCGGGGAGCAGCAGGGGGCUGGGGCGAGAGGGAGAGGGAGUGGGGAGACUAUGGGUUGUUUUCCAUGCUCCUCCGGAAAGAAAUCGAGCAGGGGAUCGGGGAGGAAGAAGAAUGAUAGCAAUAAACGCGAUGAUCGAACACAAUCCACCUCCUCAGAUUCGUUGAGAGUCAGUCCAUAUGUGGAUGUAAAGAGGGAGUCCGAUGCGAAAGAGGAGGCUACUAAAGAUGCCAAUUUAUCUAAGGACGUAAGGGAUCUGGAUUUGAAGGAGUUCUCCAACGAUGGGAAAUCAAACAACAGUCAGGCGCGGACGUUUACAUUUGCUGAAAUGGUGGCUGCAACAGAUAAUUUUAGGUCUGACUGUUUUCUGGGUGAGGGAGGUUUUGGCAAAGUUUAUAAAGGCCAAUUGGCAGACGGCGAGGUUGUAGCUAUCAAGCAGCUUGAUCGGAAUGGAUCGCAAGGGAUUAGGGAAUUUGUUGUUGAAGUAAUGACAUUGAGUCUAGCAGAUCACUGUAAUCUCGUCAAAUUAAUUGGGUAUUGUGCUGACGGAGAGCAGAGGCUGUUAGUUUAUGAGUACAUGCCAUUGGGUUCUUUGGAAAACCACUUGCAUGACCUUCUGCCAAAUCGGAAAGGGCUUGAUUGGAAUACAAGAAUGAAAAUAGCAGCUGGUGCAGCUAGAGGCUUGGAGUAUUUGCAUGACAAAAUGAAUCCUCCGGUAAUAUACCGUGAUUUGAAGUGCUCAAAUAUUUUGCUCGGUGAGGACUAUCAUGCCAAGCUAUCUGAUUUUGGCCUGGCCAAAGUGGGUCCUAGUGGAGAUCAAACACAUGUUUCCACACGGGUGAUGGGCACGUAUGGAUACUGCGCACCGGACUAUGCAAUGACAGGUCAACUCACAUUUAAAUCAGAUAUCUACAGCUUUGGGGUUGUUCUUUUGGAACUUAUAACGGGCAGGAAAGCAAUCGAUAAUACCAAAGCUAAUAGGGACCAAUAUCUGGUUGGUUGGGCACGACCCCUGUUUAAAGACCGGAGGAAAUUCUCGCAGAUGGCUGACCCUACGCUCCAAGGUCAAUAUCCAGUCAGAGGCCUGUACCAAGCUCUUGCCAUAGCAGCAAUGUGUGUUCAAGAGCAACCAAAUAUGCGACCCUUGAUAGCAGAUGUGGUUACGGCUCUGAACUUCCUUGCUUCCCAGCCAUACAACCCCAGCUCCCAUCCUCGAUCUAAAAGGGAGGAUGAUAAGAAACCCUUUGCCAAUAAUGAGCUGGAGAUAGAGACCGAAACCGGAGGAUCAAACUGAGUGAACCUUCUGUUUUAACUACUUCUGGCCUUGUUAAUAGAUGAUGCACUGGGUUAUCAGUUUUUGUGUCACAAGAUAACAGGUGCCACUUCCAUUCUUAAAUCUUUACACCACAGGAAAUUUACAUCCCUUUUAAUCUUUCUUUGUCAUUUGAUGUACAUUUGAGCUGGGGUUAUGCAAGAUAUCUUUCUGUAGGAUUUUGUUUCA